AGCUCCCCCGUCCCUAUAAGAUGCGCUUUAAACCCUACCCUGUCCCUCCUCCCUCCAUCCUCUAACCCUAGCCGCUGCCCCCUAAACCCUAGCGGUCAUGGAUCGUUGUCCUCGCGGCCGGUGAUGCUAGCGACGCCCUCGUGGAGUCGUGGUCGUCUUCUUCUCCGAGUUCACGCGGUUCACCAUCGUCCGAGCGAGAUUGAAGCUGUGCCGCCGGAUGGGAACUACUUGGAGAUUGAAGCUGCUCCACCAAUUUGGCAGGAGAUGGAGUUUCAGCCCGUUAUUCCCGAUUACUGGGGAAGGGAAGCCAGGGAUGAAGUCAGAAGGCUCCACAACAUAGCGACGCGUUUGUUAAAUCAUCUCCGUCAGAAAUAUCUUAACGAGGCCACGGAACUCUUGACUUCAAGGUCCUUCCAUUUGAGAAUUGACUUCAGGAGACUCAAGCGAGAAAAUAGGCAGCUGGCAUAUGACAUCUGCAAUAAUUAUUAUGAGCCGCAAAUGCAAGAAUUCAUUGCGAAUGCUUUCAGGCAAUUCUUGUCGCGCCAUCUUGAUCUCAAUGCCUCUGGUUAUGAAAACAUUGAUGCUCUCAGGGAUGGCAUAACCCGGCGUGCUCGCAUAUCAUUCCCAAGACUUCCUAGAAGUAUUCAAUCGUUCUCAGAAUUCCUUGACAACAGAACUCCUGUUGGUCAAUAUAACUUGUUUAAAGGUCACAAAGACUCAGUGGAUGUGUUGGAAAUUGAUCCUCAAGCGCACUGGUGUUUGCGAAAGGCUGUUCAGAAUGUCCUGAAUACCCACAGGGCCGAAUUAUGCUGCAAUGGAGAGUGGGGCAUCGAGGACAUGAACCGCCGUCUAGGGUUCGCAAGACAGGCACGAAGGGUUUCCCGGCUUGUGGGGAUCGACGUGCGAGACGCGUCCAGCCCUUGCCGGCCAUGGCAGGUCGAGGGGAGGCUCCACCGCCAGUAAAGCGCUCCUCCUCAGGCGUUGCAGGUCGGGGUGGGGUGGCUCCCCCGCCGGCAGCGAACGCCGGACGGAGAGGUCUGGCGCAGAAUGGCCAAAGGCCGCCGGCGGGAGGUGUCGGCGCGGCUGUUGCCGCGGGACGAGGUGUGCCCCCCGGUGGUGCGCCGCCUUCGGGUCUGGCCCCUUCGCAGCCGGCUCUUGGGGAAGGAAGCUUGAAGCCGACGGCGCCGGCCUCGGUGCCCGCUACUAAUACUGCCGGGAGGGGGGUCGGGAGAGCACCAGUUGCGGCGCCCCUUGUUCCCCAGGCUGCGGGUAGAGGGGGACCUAGACCUCCCGCGCCAGGUACUUCUGGAGAUGGGCCGGCUGGCCGCGGCGCCGGACAUCGGCCUGUUGGAGGCGUAACGGCAACCACAGGGAAACCACCACCGCAUUAUGUUGCUAGGCCGGUGCAGAACCGGUCCACUCAGCCUCAGUCGAUCAAUAAAGAGCCUAAUGUUCCGCCCCGAGGCCAGUGGGGGGACGACGGGUAUGAUGCAUACGGUGAAGGACAGCACCGCGGCUCCUCGUCUACGGGAGGAGGGUAUGGUUACGCUUGGCAGAGCAACGGGUCGGCUGAGAGACCGUUUCGUGGGCCGGCCGGCGGUUUCGUUGAGGGGGCCUCCGGCCCGGAUCACCGUCAGAGAGGAGGUCAUCGUGGCAACCGUGGUGGUCGGAGCUGGGGUCGUGGGAGAUUUCGCCGCCCACCACCACCUCGGGUGUCUGUUCCUACAGAUGCUACGGAGGAGACUCAGCUUUCCUCAGAGCUUCCUCCACAGGCGAUGGAGGUGGUGAAGGGGUUGGCCAAUGUUGAGGUUACUGAGGCUGGGACGGUGGAUGAGGCUGCCGACAGGUCUGAUGCAGAGAGGGCGUCCAAGUAUGCCCGUAAGAAGGAGAGGAUGAUUUGCUAUCGUUGUGGCGAGAAGGGCCACUUCAUUGCUGAGUGUGUGGCCCAGCUGUGUGAGUCAUGUGGCAAGCUUGCACAUGAGUCGGGAGAGUGCCCGAUUUUGCGUGACUUACCUCCGACUCUGAACAUCUACGGAGUCUACUGUGCUGAGCUCAUGUUUUUCGAGUCCCCGGCGGCGAGAGAGGUCCCGGACGAUAACCAGAGUUCGACUACUUGGAUUGUGAGAGCGACCCAGGGCGAGGUGACUGAGGCACAGAUUGUGAGGAGGUUGCAGGAGUUUGCUCCCGGUGAUUUUGUUUGGGAGUUGGUGCUCAUAGAAGACAGAGUUUUUAAGGUUGAUUUCCCAUCUGUUGAUGACUUGCAGAGAUUGUUGAGUUUUGGCUUGUGUAAAGUUCCCGGUACUAAGUGUAUUCUGGAGUUUAACGAGUGGAAACAGGUCGAGCCUAAAGGAAAACCGCUUACACAGGUAUGGCUGCGGUUUUUGGGGGCUCCAUCUAAGCCUCUGCAGGAUGCUCGCGUGGUGGCCAGUUUGGGCAUCAUGGUUGGAAAGACAGAAAAAGUGGACAUGGCGUUCACUCGUGCCAAUGGGAUUGCCCGGAUUCUUGUCAGCAUUCUGGAUAUUGAGUAUGUGCCUGAUAAGGUCAACUGGACUUAUAAGGGCGAGGUGUUCCCGCUAGAUAUUGAGUUCGAGGACACCGACUUAUUUGAUGAUGCGGUUAACGGCAAUGAUGUUGACAUGCACGACCGGGAGGGUGGUGCGGGGACUAAGGGGGCACCGUCAGAUGAGACCAUGCGAGAGGGAUCCAACGUUUCUCACGCUCAGUCGGCCGGGAAUGGAUCGGAGGCUCAGCCCACAGCCUCACAGGCGGUACCCAUGACUACUCUACGUUUUGGGUCUUUCGAGCCAGCCUCGGCACCUCCCAGGCUUUGGAGUGACAGGGUGGAGUCGAGUGAUGAUCUUGAGCGCACGCUUCCUUCACUGGAGUUAGAGAUGGAGACUGGUGUGUCUGUUGCUCGUCAGGCGAGUUCUUUGGGAGGCGUUGCGGCGUGGUGGCACGGUGAUGGUUCUCUUGGACUGCAGACUCCCGCGGGCGCGACUUCGGUGUCGGCGAUCGCGGGGGCGAUGGGGUGUGGGGGAGGGGGUUCGGGACAUGGAGUCCUCUCUACCCCCGUCCCGAGGCCGAUGCAGGUGUCAUCGGUGGCGUCGGCCCCGAGGGGGUCGGCUCCGGCUGCUAGAGGGACCUCGAGGCAGGCGGCCUCGACUCCUUCGGCGACGGUGGUGGCAACCACUGUGGCUGCUGCUGCGGGAGGGGGGACGCCAGGGCAGGAGGCCCGGUCUCCACCCUCUACUCCGAUGGUCAGGAGGACCAUCUCACCGAUGCCUUUCCCGUCCGAGCUGCCGGUUGGGGCGGGAGCAGACCGCGGGCAGGAGGCCCCUGUCUUACGCUCCUCCCCACUGCCUGAUGUGGGGCACUCGUCCAAGGGGAUCGGGAGCCCGCAGACGCCUUCUCUAGUGACUUCGGCACCACCUGUCAGAGUUUCAGUGCCAGGUUAUACUAGGGAGGAGGUGAUCGCGUUUGGUGGGAUCCCGGACCCUAUCUCCGAGGGGAGACGGAUGAGUGCUCGCAUCCUCGACGUCCCGGAGGUGGACGAUAUGCAGCAGAGGUGCGCUAUGAGGGCGGCCAAGCUGCAGGAGGCUGCUUUUUCUUCUGGUUUUAUUCCGGACUACGGCUCUGAUCCGUUCGUGGUCGCUACUCACCCAGACGGAGGCCAGGGAGCAUUUGGUUACUGGGUCUAUCCGUUGGGAGAUGGUAGCUCGGGUUAUCUUCAACCGGUUUGGAUGGCGGUCAUGUAAUAGGAUAGGCAUUUAGUAUUCCUACCUAGUUUACCCAGCCGGUUGUGGCAUCUUGAUGUGGCUAGUUGAUGUAUCUAGCUUUUUCGGGCUCUGUGUGAGCUUGUUCUGCUUUUUUUCACUUAUGAGGACCUUUUGAACCUUGUUGGCACUACUCUAUUUUGUUAAUAAGAGGGCCGUAUGCAUCGUACUGAUGCAGAGGCUGGGGUUUCCCCCUUUUUGAAAAAAAAAACAUGCUUCACCUGAUCCGUGAGUUGAGCCCUCAUCUGGACCCUAACAACCCUGAAGGGCCUGUACGACAGAAUGGAGAAGAUCUUUUGGAUAAUGCAUAUUAUGGGUGGUACUAUGACUUUCUAAUGUACCAUCCAGCCUUGUUACCUCCGAAGGCCAGAAAGAAUUUCAUUUAUGGAAUAUAUGACGCAAUUUUUAAGCUGCAAUUCAAGAAGAAGUUUCCGUUUACCAAGGUAUUCGAUGAAGGUCUGGGAUGGACAGGAUUCUUCCAAGACGCUCGACAUCCUAUCCUGGAAGCUAUCUAUGAUUUUGACCCAAGACCCCAAGAUGCAACCCAGCCAUCUAACGAGGAAGCUGCUGCUGCGACUGCAUACUAUCAGGAUUAUGUUCAAGACAUGCUGAAGCUUUUGAGGCACGUGAUUGAACAUGCAUAUGAUCAUGCAAUGUUGCAAAACUACGUUCAGUCCAUGAGAACUGGAAAUGAAAGUGAACUGUUUGCGGCUGAGAACUUCCCAGAGUUCUUUCCAGAGUUGCUGAGGCUGAUCCUCAGUAGGGGGUGUCUGCAGGGCGAAAUACUGUUCCACUGGCGGAUAUACAGGGCUACCUUCGAAGCUGAGGUUUGAGUGCUAAGGCUCUCAAAUAAUGACUGCUCCUGAUGAGUGUGGGUAUUUUGGUGGUGCUGACUGAUCCUUGGUGGACCAAGGAUGCAAGACGCUGACUGAUCCUUGGUGUGAACCGACAGUCUGACUUGAUGUAAGGGGUGGGUGACAAAUUUUGCUUAGGGUUUUACGCUGCUGGUGGUGAUGGUGCUUAUUAGUGUAGAAACUCAUUGAGCCCUGUACUUGUUUGAUGUAAGGGGUGGGUGGCAAACUUUGCUUAGGGUUUUACGCUGGUGGUAGAGAUGGUGCUUAUUAGUGUAGAAACUCAUUGAGCCUUUGUACGCUUGUGAUGCCGAUGGCAUUUGAGUGUCGAAAAACUCGUGGUCGCUGAACCUUGCUGGUGGUGGUGUUGUGAUCUUGGAUAUGAAAUCCUGUUGAUGCCUGAACCAUUAA